AGUGGACACCUGAAACCCUGCUUCCUUUGUUUGAAAACCAAAACAUUUUUAUUGUGCUGAGGACCUGCUUGCAUCUUUUGCUGACACUGUCAUUCUUUUAAAAUGCUGAAUUUUUAGUCCUGGUGUGAAACUUCAACUUUUAAUCAACUUCAACGUUCUUUGGCCCUUCAUAAAGAUGACGGAACCUGAUUCCUCCUCUGUAUUUGAGGGAAAUGUGGAGAAUGGAACUUUUCUGGAACUAUUUCCUACAUCCCUUUCCACGUCAGUGGACCCAUCCUCAGGCCACAUGUCAAAUGUCUACAUCUAUGUGUCCAUAUUUCUCAGCCUUUUAGCAUUUUUGCUUCUGCUUUUAAUCAUUGCCCUCCAGAGGCUCAAAAAUAUCAUCUCCUCCAGUUCCUCCUAUCCUGAGUAUCCAAGCGAUGCUGCAAGUUCUUUCACCAAUUUGGAAGUUUGUAGUAUUUCCUCACAAAGGUCCACUUUUUCAAACCUUUCAUCUUGAAGAAAAUGGAAGAACCGUAAAAUCCUGUAGCAGCUUAGGUUUUCCCUUAAGAGGAGUCAUAGGAAGCAAUGAUCUUAUGAAAGAACCCAACUGAACCAUUCAGACUUGUUUCUCCUUUACAUCUGAUUUUUCUCCUAUUCAUUAAUACUUUUUGGUUGUGAAUAUAGAUGCUGAUGUUAACCAGAAAUAAUGCACACCUGAAGAUGUUAAAUUUUACUUGAUUGUGGAGCUGACUUCUUCACAGUGGUUGGUUCACCUCACUCUGUUGAACACCUGAAGUGAACUCACCUGAGGCAGCCUCAGAGUAGUUGCUGGACAGGGACUGUAGCAUUUCAUUUCUCUUGAACCAUGUUGGAAUCCACUGAGCCAGCAGAAAUGGACUAGAUUAAAUCUGAUCAAUGUAGAAGAUAUUUUUCUUAUUUAAAAGAUAAAGUAUAAAGACCAUUUUUAAGAAGAGUCUAUUUUAGAUUUUAUGUCUGACAUUUCUGGACCUGGAGGCAAAAAAUG